CCAGAUGGCAACAUCAUGACACGGCUUGGUGCCCCUAGCACCCCUGAACCCCGCUCGCUUGACCUUUCCAAUGCUCUCAGGAACAAAAGUCUCAGAUCCGCCACCUAUCGCCUACCAGAUGGAACUCUGGUGACCCGUGCUCAGCCUGCUGAAGAAUCCCGCACCUUUGAUCUCUCCAACGCCUUGUCAAAGAACCCAAAUCUCCGUGGGGCCAAGUACCGUCUUCCUGAUGGCAACAUCAUGACACGACUUGGUGCCCCUAGAACCCCUGAACCUCGUUCACUUGACCUCUCCAAUGCCCUGAGGAACCCUAACCUCCGUGGGGCCUCUUUCCACCUACCCUCCUCAUAUGCUGUAGUGAUGCCCCAGGUCCAGGGAUCUGGACCAGGGCAGCACUGGGCACAGGGUGCUGGGGGAGAGGCCUUGGGAAUGGCACAAGACAUGGAUGUAUGGGGGGCGGAGCGGGUUCUACCUCACGGGACAGUGCAGAACCUCAGCAAGUGGUCCAUGUAUCGAGAUGAGGACCUGCUGGACCCACAAGGCCUCAUGGGACUGGAACAGCACGGGCAGGGGCAAGGGACGUGGAUUCUCAGCAGAGAGGGGGAACCGCAGGGGCACUGGUAUGAUAAGAUGUACUCUAUCCGAAGCCUGCCCACCAUGGCUUACCGGGAGAAACGAGAAGAAGAUGGAGUGGAAGAUAUGACACAGCUAGAGGAGAUGCAUGAGGGGGCUGUCCUGCUGAACCUGAGGAAACGAUUUGAGAGGGAGCUGAUCUACACAUACAUAGGUAGUAUUUUGGUGUCUGUCAACCCUUAUAAGAUGUACAACAUUUAUGGGACAGACAUGGUGCUGCAGUACAAGGGUCGAGCUCUGGGAGAGAACCCUCCGCAUUUGUUUGCCAUAGCAAACGCUGCCCACUCCAAAAUGAUGGAUGCCAAACAAAACCAGGUCAUAAUAAUCAGUGGCGAGAGUGGAUCUGGAAAAACAGAGGCCACCAAACUGGUCCUUCGCUACCUAGCAGCUUUACACCACAAACACAACGUUUCGCAACAGAUCGAGAUUCUCGAGGCAGCUCCUCUCCUGGAAUCUUUUGGAAAUGCCAAAACUGUACGGAAUGAUAAUUCCAGCCGGUUCGGGAAAUACAUAGAGGUCUUUCUGGAGGAUGGUGAGAUCAGUGGUGCCAUAACCUCCCAGUAUCUACUGGAGAAGUCCCGUAUCGUCUUCCAGGCCAAAGAUGAAAGGAACUACCAUAUCUUCUAUGAGAUGCUGGCAGGUCUUCCCUCUCCACAGAAACAGGCCUUCUAUCUGCAAGAGGCUGAAACCUACUAUUACCUCAACCAGGGAGGAGAUUGUGGGAUAACAGGAAAGAAUGACUCGGAGGACUUCCUGCGUCUGCUGUCUGCCAUGGAAAUCCUCCACUUCACCUCUGACGACCAGCUGGCCAUCUUUAGAGUUCUCUCUUCCAUACUGCACCUGGGCAACGUCUACUUCCAGAGAUAUGAGGCCGAUGGCCAGGAGGUGGCGUCAGUCGUGAGCGCUCAGGAGAUCAGAGUGGUGGCUGAGCUGCUGCAGAUCUCACCAGAGGGUCUACAGAAAUCCGUCACUUACAAAGUCACAGAAACGAUGAGAGAGAAGAUUUACACCCCUCUGACUGUGGAAAGUGCUGUUGAUGCCAGAGAUGCUGUUGCCAAGAUCCUGUACUCCCUGCUCUUCCACUGGUUAACAGAGAGGAUCAACACCCGGGUUUACCCUCGCCAACACACCCUCUCCAUCUCCAUACUGGACAUUUACGGAUUUGAGGAUCUGACCUUCAACAGCUUUGAGCAGCUUUGCAUCAAUUAUGCAAACGAGUACCUGCAGUUCUUCUUCAACAGGAUCAUUUUCAAGGAAGAGCAGGAGGAGUACAGCAGGGAACAGAUCCCCUGGCAGGACAUCCCAUUCAGUGACAACCAGCCCUGCAUCGACCUCAUCGCUGCUAAGCCUCAUGGGAUACUGAGGAUCCUGGAUGAUCAGAGCUGCUUCCCUCAGGCAACAGACCACACUUUCCUCCAGAAGUGUCACUAUCACCAUGGCAACAACCCACUGUAUGAAAAGCCAAAGAUGCCCCUCCCAGAAUUCACCAUCAAGCACUUUGCUGGCCGGGUCAACUACCAGGUCCACAAGUUCCUGGAUAAGAACUACGACCAGGUCCGACAGGAUGUCCUGGAUUUGUUCAUUCAGAGCAAGAACAAGAUGGUGUCAAACCUCUUCCUGGUUCACACAGAGGUCAUGGGUCAGCAGAGAGGAGGGCACAUGAGGAAGAGCAGCACAGUCACCCGAAAAUACCAAGCUCCCACCGUCAGCACCAAGUUUCAGCAGUCCUUACUAGAACUAGUGGAGAAGAUGGGGAGGUGCAAUCCCUUUUUUGUGCGUUGCAUUAAGCCAAACAAUAACAAGGAACCAGGCGUGUUUGAAAAUGACUUAGUUGGCAACCAGCUGUGUCACUCUGGUGUCUUGGAGACCAUUAGGAUCCGCAGAGAGGGAUAUCCUGUCAGACUGCCAUUCUACGUCUUCCUAUUCAGGUACAAGUCCCUGGUGGGGCUACAGCAGCUUCCACCUGCAAAUGGAGAGAACUGUGUGUUGCUGCUCAGUAAACUGUGUCCUCUCAGACCAGGUGCCUGUCACGUCGGAGUCACCAAGCUGUUUCUGAAGGAGGACAUCUACCAGUUGCUGGAGAGCAAACGGGAGCGAUCCCGUGAACUCGCUGCCCUCACCCUGCAGCGCUACGCCCGCAUGUUCUUCGUCAGGAAACGCUUCGUUGCUUUCCGCAACAAGAUCAUCGGGCUGCAGGCGCAGUGCCGAGGCUUCCUCACCAGGAAGCGCUAUGUGAAGAUGAGAGAGAGCCUGGUCCGGUUCCGCUCUCUCGUCCACAUGUACGUCAACCGCAAGAGAUACAUCAAGUUCAGACUCGAAGGCCGGAGGAAAAUUGAGGAGGAGAGAAGAAGGAGAGAGAUGGAGCUGACCAAGAGGGAGGUGGUUAAUGUCACACACCUGGUGAUCCCUGCAGAGCUGGGGGCCUUGCUGCAGACAGCAGGAAUCGGCAGGGAGCUGCACUCAGACUGCUUGGCUCUGCUCCAGGCUCCUCAUAUCCGGGAGGAGGCUCAGCUCACGCUGCCUCUGGACAUCAACAACUAUCCUUUCUACCGCUACGUGCAGGUCUACUUCAGGGAACCAAAGUUUGGGCUGCUGAUGGCCCCUCUGGAAUCACCACUGACCCGCAUAGAUGAGGACCUGAAAGGGGAAGCUCUGGAGCUCUUCAUCAUGGUUUUGAAGUUCAUGGGUGACCCUCACCUGAACGGGGCGCAGGAGAACCUGUUUGGGAACUACAUCAUCCAGAGGGGCCUGUUGUCCCCAGGGUUACGUGAUGAGAUCCUCGCCCAGGUUGUCAACCAGGUGUGGAGGAACGUAAACCCCACCAAUGCUGAGCGAGGCUGGCUGCUGCUGCUGGGCUGUGUCUGCACCUUCGCCCCGUCCCACAAGAUGGAGAAACACCUACUGAAGUUUGUGUCUGACCACGCUCCUGCUGGCUGCCAGGCUCUGCUGCAACACAGACUCAUCCAGGCCAAUCAGAAGUCUCAGCUAGGUUCAGGCUCCUCCCCCGAGACUGCACGGACCUAUCCGCUGUCUCUGCUGGAGUGGACAGCCAAUAGGAAAAAGGCUAACAUGGUUCUGCAGGUGCAUUGUUUUGACGGAGCGUCAUUCCUGUGUCCUGUCCAUUCCUGGACCAGUGGAGAGGAUUUAGCAGGAGACAUCCUACGCCACAGGGGAGUGGCCGACUGGUGGAGGGGGAGUUCAGUUCUCAUGAAGGAGCAGGCCCAGUGGGUGGAGUUAGCCGGGCACGACUAUGUGAUGGACCUGAUCGCAGACCUUGAGCUGCCACUUGACUUCCCAAAGCAGAAGAGCUACUUCAUCAUCAGUGCUGCGGCUGAGGGUCCUGCAAGGGUUAGGGCUAAUGCCAGCCUGACUUUGUUUGGCAGUGGUUUCGACUCAGAUGAGGAGAUUCCUCCAUCCCGUCCUGUCAGCGGCAGGCCAGCCUACAGUCUGCCUGACUCUGAUGGAUACUACAGCCAUGUGGAGUCGGACGCUUUCAGUGACGGUCAGACUCAGAGAGGAAUGGAUCGCUACCUGGACAGCCUGUUUGACCCUGUACUGUCAGACAGCAGCGUGGACAUGGAGAAGGCAGGGACCUUGUCAGCGAGGAUAAAGGGAGGAGGAGGUGUAGGCAUUGCAGCAGGAGGCAAAGGAGAGGGGGACCAGAGUCACGCGGCCCCCACCCGGCCCUAUCCACCAGGAAUACACCCCGGAGGAUCAGAGCAGGCAGUCCUGACUCAGCAGCAACAGGCCAUCAUCAACCAGCAAGCCAUCAUUCUGGCGCAGCAGAUGACCAUGCAGGCAAUGGCUAUUCAGCAGCAGAUGCUGUCCUCUUUUCCUCCUGCCGCCCCGGCCCCUGUGUCCCCGCCCACACAGCACCACACACACUCCAGAGCGCCCAGCCCUGUGAGUACAUACACACACACACACAUGCCAGCAUGCGCAAAAACAGCAAUUGCACAAAAAACGAGUCCAACACGAGCCCCCCCUCCUGAGGAUGUGGUACGGUCCAGUGUGAACAACACAGAGCGCAUGGAGCCCAGCCACGACAUCAAAGACAUCAUCAAACAGCACCAGCCUCCACCAGCUCCCGCACCUCCUGCCACUCAGAGGAAAGGAGAGGGAAGGGUAUUUACAAAGAAGCCAGAUCCUCAUGAUGAAGCUAUGGAGAUCCUUAAAGACCAGAUGGCCAACCCGCCUUCACCGACUCAAAGGAAGCCUCCGUCCUCUCAGCUCAGAGAAGAAGGAGGAGUUAAGGUUGCCACGAGAAGAAAGAUAACCUCCCAGAUAAGCACCCCCCCUCCACCAGUCUCUAGAGAGUUGCCAAUGGAGGAGGAGAUCAUUCAGACUCAGCUCCACAGCAGGACCAGUGAAGAACACUACACCUACACCAACGUGCCCUGGAAACUUUAUCUGAGGAAAGAGGUGUUCUACCCCCGAGAAACCUUUAACAGUCCACUGAUUCUGGACCUGCUCUUCAAACAGAUUGUCCAUGAUACCUUCUCUGAGGCCUGUAUCCGGAUCACGCAGGAGGAGAGGCAGAAGAUGAAAACUUUCUUCGCGGAGAACAACGUGGAACAGUUUUCAGGAACACAGGAUGAGAAUGUGAAGAAGAAAGCGGUGGGCAUGGCCAGAGACUCUUGGGAGAUUUACUUCUCCCGCCUCUUUCCUGCCUCUGGCAGUGUGGGGACAGGGGUGCAGGUGCUGUCUGUUUCUCACAGAGGCAUCAAGCUGCUGAAGAUGGUGAGGAGCGGCACUACUGCUCCAGACUACUUCAGAGUGCUGAGGCCUUACAGCUACUCGGACAUCCUGUUUGUGUCGAUCCCGUCUAAGAACAUGCUGGAGUUCAACCUGACCAACGAGAAGCUGAUUCUGUUCUCGGCCAAGGCGCCGCAGGUCAAACACAUGAUCGACCACUUCCUCACAGAGCUCAAGAAGGACUCAGAGUACGUGGUGGCGGUGAGGAACUACAUCACAGAGGACAGGACUCUGCUCAGCUUCCACAAGGGAGACAUCAUCAGACUGCAGCACAUGGAUGGGCUGGGGACCGGCAAAUAUUAUGGCUGCAUAGUGAGGAAGAAAGUCGUGCUUCUGGAAGAGAUAAAGAGAGACACGCCUGAAUUUGGCUGGAGGUUUGGGGCUGUGUAUGGGAAGUCGGGAGUGUUUCCCAGUGAUUACGUCCGUCCAGUGGCUGCUCCCGACUUCCUGCUCCUCCCUGCUGAGAGGGUGGAGCCUCGUGACAGACAAGGACGGGUUGCAGCCUCAGCUGCUGUUGCCGUAGCGAUGGGCUCGACGGUGGCGGCCCACGAGCUUGACCGCUCCACAGAGGUGGUAAGUGAGAUGUAUGGGGACCAAGGGAGUGUGGAGCUGGAGGAUGUGCCUCUGUACAGCAACCAGUACAGCAUGGCUGAGUUUGCCAAGAAGUACUUCAGAGAGGCACAGAGGAACAGGAGUGAUCAGAAAGCUAAGAAGGGGAAGGAGGUGAGGGAGCCUCAUGACAUGGUCAAAUUCUCCAAGUCUCCAAUCCAGGAGUCUCUGAUUGAUUUCUCCGACACUGGGUUGAACAGAGUGGCUACUGACAUCUUCUUAGCCAUCAUGAGGUUUAUGGGAGACUUCCCACUGAAAGGUCUCACUGAACUGGACCUGGUCACCUCAAUACUGAAGUUGAGCGGUGAUCAUGGCCUGAUGAAGGAUGAAGCAUAUUGCCAGGUGAUGAAGCAGGUCACUGCCAACACCAGCGCCAAACCUGACAGUUGUCAGCGCGGCUGGAGGCUGCUGUACAUUCUGACAGCUUUCCAUCGCUGCUCUGAGGUUAUGAAGCCCUUCCUGUUCAAGUUUCUACAGGAUGCCUCUGCCAGCCCCGGACUGCAGUACCAAGGAAUUGCCAAGGCAUGUGAGCAGAACCUGAGGAGGACGUUCCAGUAUGGCGGACGUGUAGAGUACCCCAACAACAUGGAACUCAAAGCAAUGCUGGCUGGGCGGAGCUCCAAGAGACAGCUGUUCCUGCUGCCAGGUGGGAUAGAGAGGCACCUGAAAAUCAAGACCUGCUCUGUGGCUCUGGAUGCCAUUGAAGAGCUUUGCUAUGAGAUGGGCUUGCACAGGCCGGAGGCCCUCGAUGAAUAUGCCAUCUUUGUGGUCACACACAGAGGUCAGAACGUGCGUCCUCUGAACAAGCGUGAGUACAUCCUGGACAUUGCUACAGAGGCGGAGCCUGUGGAUGCCAACUACAGCCUGUGGUUCAGGAGAGUCAUCUGGAGUAUGGCUCUCAAGCUUGACAAUGAACUCUACGUCACCAUGCACUAUAACCAGGUGUUGCCAGACUACCUGAAGGCCUUGCUGAGUGUGGUUCCUCAGGGUAAGCCCAGUGAACAGCAUCUGCAGCAGGUCGCCAGGCUGGCCGCCCUACAGCACCGUGCCAAGGACACCUACCUGCCCACGCUCCGCGAGGUACAGGAGUGUGUCCCCCCUCAGUUCUACAGCAAACAGGGUUCGCAGCAUUGGCUGAACAUGACAACUCAGCACAUCCAGCAGGUCCAGCCCCUCAACCCACACCAGGCCCGCGCACAGUUCCUGGGUUUGGUCAGUGCCUUCCCCAUGUUCGGCUCUUCAUUCUUCUACAUCCAGAGUUCCAGCUCCGCCUCCGUCCACGCCCCCUGCAUCCUGGCUGUCAAUCAGAACGGGCUUCACUUCCUCAACAAGGAUACUCAUGAGGCCAUGGCACGUUUCCCUCUGAAGGAAGUCCAGUCGACUCGAACCCAGAGACCAACGUCAGGCUCCAGCUACCCCUAUGUGGACAUCAUGAUAGGAGACCUGCUCAACCAGCGCAUCAUACAGCUACAGCUGGAGCAGGGUCUGGAGCUGUGCCGAGUCAUUGCCAUGCACAUGGAAAACCUGCUGUCAGUGAGAGAGAAGAGACUCACUUUGCCACCGAGUGAAAUCACCCUGCUAUAACACACAGACAUACAGACACACACACACACACACACACACACACACACACACACUCAGCAAAAUCCCUCUUUAUGCCUCAUAAAUGUAUUUGCAUUGUAUCUACCUCUACUUCAAAAACAGAUUAUUUUUGAUACUGUAUAUAUUUAAAUGUAAUGUUUCUAUAUAGGUGAUGCACACAUGGCAUUGCUGAUUUUGCUGUUGUGUAAAUGGAAACAGUUUAAAAUAGGCCUAUGUACAGUUAUAGACAGCAGACAGUUUGGGAUUAAAAUAGGACAGUAUAUGGUAGAGUUUACCUGCCUAUCAGUCUAAAUACCACAGGACACAACAUGCACAGGGCUGCAGUUCUCAGAGUCACAGAAUGAACUCAUACAUGUUUUUAGUCAGAGGCUUCCAGCCAGUAAAUGCUUGUAUGCCAUGGUUGUUGACUUGUACUGCUUAUUCACUUGCCAGUUUUUCUUAAACCAUGAGUUCAGACCUAUAAUGAGUCAGGGUUCUCUUUAUGAUACCCCCCCAAUACACACACACAUACACACACACACACACACAAACACACUUCAGAGGAGCAGUAUGAUUUAAUCAGCCACUGUCCCAGGGCAAUAAUGAAUUUGAAUACUUUUGGUCCUGCAGUAGAUUGCUGCCAAAUCAUGUAUCCCUAAAAAAUAUGUUUCCCUGGUGGCGCGCUCUAAUUUCGACCUUGUGGUGUUGUUUUGUCACUGCACAAAGAAACUGUUCGUGGGGGAAUGUGCUCACAAACUGACAAGCAAACUGAUGUAUAGCCUGACUUCCUGGUAGAAUCAAUAGAUGCUUAUGGCUUGAGAUCAUAUGCACUCCCUUGUUAGGAGGCAGGUUACUCAGCACAGGCCUCUUUCAUCCUUUGUCAUCUCGUGAAAAUGUUUUUAAACUUGUUCUAGUUUGAAAAGCCAACAACAGAGAAAACAGUAAUUUAGAUGAUUUUCUUAUUUUCCACCCCUGCCGUGAAAUCAAGGGGAAGGCAUGCCAAGGGAAAACACAUUUGCGUGGGAAACAGUUUGGCACAGCAUGGACUACUAGGCCACAUCACUGAGUACUUUGCACUGACUUAAAUGAUGUUCAGACUGUAAAAAAAAUGUAUGUUGCUUGUAAAUAUUGUAUUUGAAUAACACUGUACAGUAAAAAUAUUAUAAAUACAAAUAAUAAACGUUUAUAUUAAA